CGGUCACCACACAAUUUCACACUUAAUUCACCUGGUUCCGCCGUUUAUCUCGACGUUGUUCACGAUUGUAGCAAGUAUUGGCGUACAAUCCAACGGAAGUCAAAUAACUGCAGGGUUCAGCAAUUCAUGCGCCUGGAGAAAUUAUUAUGAUGAAUCUCGCCGGCAUAACUUUCAAAAGUCGUUGCAAACUCCACGUCAUCCUUUGCGACAGUCAAUAGCUUCAGGCACCAGAAAUCGUCACUCCUCCAGGGCCGAUAGCGUUGGCAGCAGAAAUAUACAUCGUUCGAGUGACACUAUUCGAGAGACGAGACAUCGCUUUUGCACAGGAAAUACUCCCGCGGAGGACAAACAUGAUCAUUUCCACCCAAAUUGUUCGGCUCGAUGGCCUUGUGCUCGUCGCCUCGGUGGAUGAUCGGCAGAUGCAGGAACUGGGCGAUUUGAAACAAAACGUUCGCAGCAUCAUCAAGAAGCUAACGCCCAACUCGGAGCCUCGCGCAUCCAUAGAGUCUUCGAAACAUUCAAUACACUAUGUCCUUAACGAUUCAGUCGCCUAUCUCGCCAUCACAGAACGAUCAUAUCCUCGAAAAUUAGCACUGACGUACCUUGAAGACGUGCGCGCCGAAUUCCAGACCUCUUAUAAGCGCAACGAUUACCUCGACCCUCAGCUCCGACCUUACGCAUACUCCGAAUUCGAUCGCUUCAUCGAGCGCACCAAAAAGACAUACCAGGACUCGCGUGCGACCGGCAAUCUUGACCGGCUAAACGACGAGCUGAAAGAUGUGACACAGGUCAUGACAAAGAACAUCGAGGACUUGCUAUACCGUGGAGAUAGUCUGGAGAAGAUGGGCGACAUGAGUUCAAGGCUAAGGGAAGACUCGGCGAAAUACAAAAGAGCGGCGGUGAAAAUCAAUUGGGAAUUAUUACUGAAGCAGUACGGACCAUUUGGCGCAUUAGGUCUGGUUGUCCUGAUUCUGCUCAUUUGGCGCUUCUCAUAAACUCGAUAUCGCCUGGAAUGUAAAUGGGAUGAUGGUCAUGCUUAGUGCGGCGUUUCGAAAGGUCAUCUUGGCUAUGUGGUGCUGUGAAGGCUUCGGACUUGGUGGGUUUCCAUCACUGAUGAUCGUAUUCAAGAUCUGUUCUAAAUCUGUAUAGCUAUUUGAGAAGCAGAUUGUUGUGACUGAUUUAAUUUACUGAAGAAAUGUGGGCAGCAAGCUGUCCCGUUUAGUGAGCAUCUCUUGCCAUUCACCCUCUGCUGAACUGAGGACCGUGACGGCACCGCCAGCUCCGAUGUGCCAGUCACUACCUCCAUCAUCCCACUGAUAUGCCGAGCGGAUGAUGACUGAGAAGUCUCCGCCGCCGCCGACGUCGAAGUAUCCCAUGACACCACUAUAUGGGCCUCGUGGCUUGUACUGUUCAAUUUCCUUAAGAAUUUCGCACGAACGCUUCUUCGGAGCGCCAGUCAUCGAGCCAGGAGGAAGUGAGGCAGCUAAGAC